GUGCAAGUGUCUGGCUGGCCGGCUGCGUCGGGCUCCGCGAUUUCUCAAGAAAAACCAGGUAUUUCCCAUUCGGCAUGUCCAAAUUGUAGCUGGGGUUGUUUUUAAGCGCACAGGGAUCGUAUUCGACUAAAAAAACCGGGGCAAAAAGGGGUUCUCUUUGCGAUUUUCCGCGACUGCCUUGUUCCCGGGUAUCGGGCCCAAUAUGGCGUGGGCUCAUACCCGCUGAGCGCCGGCCGGCCAUGCCCAGAACGCGCAAGGGCACGAACGCGUCGCCGUCUCGCUCCCCACCGCGGCCCUCGGCCGCCGGGGAGUCGCCCCGCUCGCGGGGACCCGAUCUUUCGGAGGACGGCGACGCGGUGGUCGCUCGCUUUUCGGCUCUUGUUGAUCGGAUGCAGGCCGCUGAAGACGAUCAACCCCCGGCCGCAGAUGACGACAAGGACGAGGUGACGUCCCAGGCCUCGGCGAAAUCCGCUGUCACGGACGUGGAGGAAGCGGCCGUUACCGCGACCCUGCACCAGUGGCUGACGGAAAUAGAGCGCAUCGUAAACGAAGUCCUCGCAUUUGCGUACGUGCCGGCCAACCGGGUCCCCACGGAGGCGCGCAACUUUUUCCUGGACAAGAUCAUGGCGUCGCACGGCGUCUGCUCGCGCGUGACGUGCGAGGCGUCCAGGCAGGCUGCCCUGGCCUCCUCGCUGCGGAGGCAGCUCGCCGGGGCACGGCGGGAGCUUGCCGAGGCGCGGCGGGAGGCGGCCGGGUUGCGGGAGCGCCUGGCGGUCGCCGGGGCCCGGCUGGGCGGCCUCGCGGACUCGGUGGUGGGCCCGGGGCGUGCCGGCCACGGUCCUGCCGCGCCCGCGGGCGGCGUUUCUGCGCCCUCGGCCGCUGGCGGCUCGGCGGGUUCGCCUGCCGGCCGCAUGGACUACGCGGCUGCUCUGCGGACGGGCCUUGCGCCCUCUGCCGGCGCGGCCCGCGGCGGACCCGGUGCUGUUGCGGCGGCGGCCGCCGUGGCGGGGAGGCCCGGCGCCCUGCACAAACACGUCGCCUUCUUGACGCCUGUUUCGACAACCGCGACGCCGGCGCGGGACGUGCUUCGCCUCCUCAAGUCGAAAGUGGACCCGCGAGCCCAAAACAUCCGGGACGUCACACUGCAUCACACUCGAACCAUUUGCAAUGGAUAUCUCGCUGCCAUCUCCAUGGCAGUAGCGACGUUGCAAACACAGUUCCAGAGCCAUCUUGCGGCAAACACAGAAGACCCCCUCCUCUCAAUGUACGGCGCUGCCCCGACACGAGGCGCGCCGCGCGCGCAUUGGGACCGCUGCCAGGCGCGUCGCGGGACUCCCUCUCCCCUGACGACGCUUCGCCGUGCUCCCGGUUUUUCUCACAUGUGGCCAGUGAUUGCCAACCUUUGAUGCUGCAACAUGACAGUGUCCCAUGUCAUGUGGCACUAUCUGUGGUGCAGCUUCUGACAUCAAAAAUAAUCAGAUCAGUGACUGUGGAACCUAGUCGCCGCUCAUCUGAUUAUCUGAUCUGAUCAUUUGCAACUUUUUGAGAAAUAAGUACAGAUGAAAUAUGUAUACUUUUUCUCCGCAAUUUGCAAAUCGAUUCAGUGAAAUGACAUUUUUGGACCAUGGACAGCAUCCUCUAGCUCAUGGUAGACCAAAUGACUGACUCCACCAGAGGCUCUCCAGUGCUACCGUAUACUGAGUAAAUGGAGCAGCUCUGAAAGCAUGUGGUUUUGGAAAGAAGAUUGUUUUUAAAGCAAAUAUUGAUACAAUG